AUGGAGCCGGCGAGCCCCUGCCCGGCGGCGGCUGCCCCGCUGCCGCUGCUCCCCGCCAAUGCCUCCUACCACGGCCGAAACUGCAGCGCCGAGGAGGGCAUCUACCAGGACGGCACGCCGCUCUCCGGCAAGAUCGUGCUCGCCGUCGUCCUGGCGCUCGUCACGCUGGCCACGGUGCUCUCCAACGCCUUUGUCAUCGCCACGGUCUACCAGACGAGGAAACUCCACACGCCGGCCAACUAUCUCAUCGCCUCGCUGGCCGUCACCGACCUCCUUGUCUCCAUCCUCGUCAUGCCCAUUAGCACCAUGUACACUGUGACCGGGAAGUGGACGCUGGGACAGGUUGUCUGCGAUAUAUGGCUCUCCUCGGACAUCACCUGUUGCACAGCGUCCAUCCUGCACCUCUGUGUCAUUGCCCUAGACCGGUACUGGGCGAUCACUGAUGCCGUCGAGUACUCCACAAAAAGGACUCCCAAGCGGGCAGCGGGCAUGAUUGCCCUGGUCUGGGUCUUCUCCAUUUGCAUCUCCAUGCCCCCUUUGUUUUGGCGGCAGGCAAAGGCCGAGAAGGUCUCUCACUGUGUGGUGAACACGGACCACGUCCUCUACACCGUAUACUCUACGGUGGGAGCCUUCUACUUCCCCACCUUGCUGCUGAUAGCCCUCUAUGGGAGGAUCUACGUGGAAGCCAGGUCGAGGAUUUUGAAGCAGACGCCAAAGAAAGCAGGUAAAAGACUAACUCGGGCUCAGUUAAUCACGGACUCCCCGGGCUCAUCCUCCUCUGUCACGUCCAUAAACUCCAAGGCCCCCGAGGGAUCCAGUGAAACGGGCUCUCCYGUGUACAUGAACCAAGUGAAGGUGAAGGUCUCGGAUGCCCUUCUGGAGAAAAAGAAGCUCACGGCCGCUAGGGAGCGGAAAGCUACAAAGACUUUAGGGAUUAUUUUAGGAGCCUUCAUCGUCUGUUGGCUGCCCUUUUUCAUCAUCAGCCUGGUGUUGCCUAUUUGCAAGCACGCUUGCUGGUUCCACAUGGCCAUCUUUGACUUUUUCACGUGGCUUGGAUAUCUCAACUCCCUCAUCAACCCCAUCAUCUAUACUAUGUCCAACGAAGACUUCAAACAAGCUUUCCACAAACUCAUACGUUUCCGAUGCACAAGCUGAAUUUUGAAUGCGAUGUGUUCUCCGGGGCUGCCCCCAUGCACGCCCGUGUCCGACGCCACAGAAUCAAGUUGCUAUUGUAAAGACCCACUGCUUGAAACUUCCCCAAGCCCAGUUGCCAGACUCAUGAUGCUGCAGAAACGUCAAUACAUACUGCCACCAAACUGCUCAGCUCUGCAUUUCAGUGUAAUGACUCUGGCAGAGAUGCUGUUCCAACAGCCAUGCAGAUCAGUUGCAAAAAAAAAAAAAAAAAAAAAAAAAAACCAAGAAAAAAGGGAAAACAGAGGGCAGCCUCAAAUCAAGGUCUAUAAUUCGUCUGGAUUGAAGAAUAGUUUGAGCACAAACUCCAUUUAUUUUGCAGGCUUAACUUCUUAAGUUGUUCUCCAGCCGGUUGUAAGGGUGUGCACAGGAGCACAGUUGUCUGUCUGUGUUAGUAACUAGCUGUACUUCUGCACACCUGUAAUUUUUUUCACUGGAAAGAGUUGCUCACUCCUCUUAGGAGGCCCAGAGGAGAAAAAUGGGAGCAUUUAAAAACAGGAGCAUCACAGUAAACUCUGCAGAUGACUCCUUCAGCCAAACAUGUGAGAAGUAGCAGUGUGCAAAAGUUUUAUUUGUAUUUCCAAACAAUAGCAAAUGCAAAUUCCGUAGAAACAAGAGUUGUAGACCURUUCAACUGCACUGCAUAUUUAUAGUCUGUCCUCAUAGUUGCCUUUAUAAAAUAAAUACUUCUUUCUAC